AUGAUGCACUUCCAGCACCAGCCCCAACUGUCGGUAAACUCUGUCCAGUCCUUGAUCGAGCCGGUUACUCCACCGCUGGGCCAGAUGAACGCAAAGAACAACCACCAAAGGACCCACUCGCUCGACUUGUCUGGUUUCAACCAAUUCAUCUCGAACACUUCUCCCUUGAACUGCACCACGGUGUCUCCGCUGAGUACCAUUUCGGCGACGGCGAACGCUAACGCGGCAUCGGGCAAGACGAACCGCAUGAACUCGUUGCCUUUGAUCAACGAAUUCGAGUCGAUCUUGCCCCAGGGCAGGACUUUGGGCCAGGGCCAAGGGCAGGGCCAGGGCCAAGCGUCUGCAACCAAGACACACAAGCCCCAUGCGUCGUCGUCCUCCCAUAGCUCCAAUUCCGUUGCCAUGUCUUCCGUAUCCUCAGCAUCCUCAUCCUCAGCAUCGUCUACUGCGGCUGGCCAAACCCAUGGUCAAACCCCGGGCCAGGGCCAGGGCCAGGGCCAACACGGCUCCAGCUCCAGCUCCAGCUCCAGCAAGACCUCCGCCUCAGCAGUAGCAUCCAUCAAUGAUUUGCAUUCCAUCCCAUUGAAGGAAUUGGACUACGUCAAGUUGUCCACCGACCAGUACGGGUGCAGAUUCUUGCAGAGAAAAUUGGAAACCCCUCAGGAAUCGGACCAAGUGAGAGACCUCAUCUUCGAAAACGUCAACGACUUCUUCCUGGACUUGAUCUUGGACCCCUUCGGUAACUACUUGAUCCAAAAACUCUGCGAUUACUUGACCUCGGACCAAAAAACAGCAAUGAUCAAAGAUAUAUACCCAUCCGUGUUUCAAAUCUCCAUCAACCAGUACGGUACCAGGUCUCUACAAAAGAUCAUCGACACCGUCGAAACUCAAGAACAUAUAGACAUGAUCAUCAAGGGGUUCUCCCAAGAACAUACCUCCAUCGAACAAGUCGUCACACUGAUUAACGACUUGAACGGUAACCAUGUGAUCCAGAAAUGCAUCUUCAGGUUCCAACCUGCAAACUUCGAUUUCAUCAUCGAUGCAAUUGUCAAUAACGAUAAUAUAAUCACUAUUUCAACCCACAAGCACGGGUGUUGUGUGUUGCAAAAACUUUUGAGCGUCUGUACUUUGCAACAGAUCUUCAAAAUCUCAGUGAAAAUUAUCCAGUACUUGCCCUCUUUGAUCAAUGACCAGUUUGGUAACUAUAUCAUCCAAUUCUUAUUCGAUAUCAAGGAACUGGACUUUUACCUGUUGGGCGAAACGUUCAACAAACUCUCCCAAAAGUUGUGCCAAUUAUCUUGUUUGAAGUUCUCCUCCAAUGUGGUGGAAAAGUACAUUAAAAAGUUGUUUGCCAUCGUCAUGAAUUACGCUCUGACCGCUUCCAAGAAUGUGGGGUCCAUGGGGUCCGUGACCAACGCCGCCGGCGCCGGCGCUGCUGCCGCUGCUGCUGCAAACCCUCAUUUGGAAAUGGAUCGCGUUGAUGAUGGCGACGAUGUCGUGAAUGCUUCCAUGGGAAUUCUCUUGGUGAUUGCUGAUAUCUUCAUGUCCAAUAUUACAUCUUUGAUUAGAGACAAUUAUGGAAACUAUGCAUUGCAAACUCUCUUAGACGUCAGAAACUACUCUGCUAUUUUGGAGCACCCAAAGAACAACGUUGUCUACACUAACCAAAGACUAGCUAGUUUCAGUCACGAGUUUACACUCAAGAUCAGCAAGUUGAUUAUCAUCACCAAGGAGCUGCUUCCAAGUAUCAAGAAUACCUCAUAUGCCAAGAAGAUCAAGUUGAAAGUUAGAGCAUACACUGAGCUUACCGGAGUUUCUUUUGAUGACUUGUGCCCUGCAAAAAAGAAGGGCAAUGAACCCUUCCGCCAGCAAAACAAACAUCAUUCUCGUAACUUCUCGCUUCCAUCAAACGCUUACAUGAAUCAUAGCAGAAGUGGUGGCCAGCAACCAAAUAACAGUAACAACAACAACAACCAAUUCCAAAGAAACUCUAGUCUCAACAUCAUGGCAGGAACCGAUAAUAAAAAGAAAAAUAAGAACAACGGUAACAACGGUAACACCAAUAACAUCAACAUCAACAACAACAACAACGCCAACACCAACAACAACAUGCAACCACAGUUGUCUCUUCCUCAUUAUCAACAAAUUCCUGCCGUUAGCAUGCCCUCUCAACACGAUUAUCUGUUCUCUCAACAACAACAGCAACAACAGCAGUUACCUCCUCCUCCACCACAAAUGACCAUGCUUCAACAAGCUCCACCAUUACAGCAGCAGCAGCAACAACAACAACAGCAUCAGCCACAACAGCAUGUCAACCUGCAAACAACACCAUUGCAGGUGCAACAACCUCAAGAUUAUUUCAUGAGCGCCCCAAACUCGCAACAACCUGUAUUGAUGAAUUCCACUUUGCAUUACCCCUCCAAUACCGUUGCAAACAUGCCAAAUACAAUGUACAUGGAUACUACACAAUACCCAACACCUCAAUCUCAUAGCUCUAUGAUGUAUGGGUUCCCAACUCAGAGUCAGCCUGGAUUGACUCCAAGUAUGUCCCAAUCAUCGUUUGUAUCUCUACCAGGAAGCCUAAGCGGAUCUAACCUUAUGCAAAUGUCAGAUUCCCAGACAAAUACCCCUCCAAACGGAAUGCUUCCACGUUCUAACUCAAAUAUUAUGCAACAUAGCAGAAACGUCAGUUUCCCAAUGUUCGGGGACAACCCUGCAUACUAUGGUUGA